CACCGGUGUAACAUCCAUGUUUACCUGUGACCUGAUAACACCGGCACACUUUUUGGGACCAAUGUGCUUGUGAUAUUUACUGUAAAUACGUUCAUUCACACGUGUACGAAAAUUGUCGGAUUAACGAAGUGCCAGUUCUUUUUUCUAUCAUUCGACUUUAGUUUAUAUAAAUAUUUUAUGUAUAUAUACUUGUAUAUUUGUCGAAAUACAAGUACACAUGCCAUGGUUUAAUAAACAGUGAUGCACAUGAUAUGAUAAUUCAGUGUGUAGUGUAGCUAACAUUAGGGAUAACAAGCUGGUUGGAAGUGUUUGGAUUAUUGAGGUGCUAAAUGCCGAAUCAUCAUUAGAAAAAUUGGAAAGUCCUUCACAGACACAGCUCAUUUCCUGGAAAAAUAUUGUGUGUUGGAUGUUGAUGUGUAUUACAGGUGUGUUGGAUGUUGAUGUGUGUUGCAGGUGUGUUAAUGUACAUUGCAGGUGACAGUGUGUUGAUGUGUAUUCCAUAUGAAGCUGUGGCUGGGAGACGGCACUGUGUGCACGUGGAAGAAUGAUUGGCCAGGUCUGCACCAUUCUGCUCCUUGUUCCUGCAUUCAUCUCCUUAACUGAUGGCUGCGGUCGAGUGCCGGCGACUCCUCCCCCAACCACCCCACUCAUCCCCACUGAACCCACCAUCAAUGGGAGCGUUCGCAGUGUACGAUGUACAGAGGCAGAGGUGAACGAGACUGCAUGCCUCAAUGGUGGCACGUGUUUUGCCAUGUGGUUGUCUGAUGAUGAACGGGUUUCCUCCUGCCAUUGUAACGAUAAUUAUGAAGGCCUUAGAUGUGAAAAACUGGAUUUUGACAGCAUAUUUCCGUCUACAGACGACCCUGUUGCGCGAGCUGGUAUUGCUGCAAGUAUUGCUGUCUUGAUUAUCAUCACUGUUGUGUUUGUUGCAGUGGCGAUACUAUACUACAGGAGGAAAAGGCGAGAGCGUGAAGCAGUUGAGAGGAAUAAAGAUGCAAGUCAGGAGCCUCUUCAGUCAAACGGCCUGAACGGCCUGCCAGAAAACCAUGUGCCACCAAGGAACUCAAUGAUCUACAAACCAAAUGGAAAUAGUAACUAUAUACAUCUAGAUGAGAAGAGACUCAUGUUGGAAACGUAUGAAAUAAAAGACAUCUACAAAGUGACUUCAGUGUAGCACAAAAUGUGGUCAUAAGAUAUGAAUUUCAUUGGUGAAUAAUACUUUGAAUACUAGUGCCUCAUAACCAAUUGGUUCAUUUUUGAGAUUCUGAAUUGUAAUGAAGCUUGCCAUUGGUUAACACAAACAAUUUUGAAAGCUGCCCUGCCAUUGGCUGGAGGAGUAUAGGGAACAAUGGUGGUUGGCAGGGAUGCUGAUGUCAGAGUGAACUUGUCUGUGAUUGCUGCAUCAGUGAACUCAUUGUAGUGCUGGUGAAACCUGUCAUGCAAUAUAUUUAUAAUACACCAUUUGUUAUCAUCUUACUUCAGUUGUUUGCCAUAUACUGUACAUACUUAAAUGAUCUGUUACAAGUAAUCGUAGACAUAUUCCUUACAACGGCCAAACUCACAAUCAUUCAGAAGUCAUGUUUUCUACACAUGUACAUUAAACAUUCAAUUGUAUCAAAAACAUUCACAUAGGUAGGUUUAAGUUUACAUGCAUAUGUAAAUCGAUCUGAGAUCUAAUAUUGUCAAAAGAUAAAAACGAAAAUAAUGUCAACUUUUUUGUUUGGGGAAUAUUUUUUUUGAUGUAACUAAUGCUAUCAUUAAUGAUGUUUUGGUGGUAGCUAUAACCCUUACAUAUUAUACUCUUUUAUUGUAAAAAAAGUUUGUAUAUUAAUUAUGAUUUCAACACAUGGAGAUUUCUGUCACAUUGUUUUGCUUUUCAAUUUUUAUAUGUAUCGCACCUUUUCAACUCUUGUUAAAUUGAAGUUGUGGGGUUUUGGUUUUUUUAACACCAAAUAUUUAAUUCUAUGUUCUAUGUGCAUGUUAAUGAAUACUGCUUUGGGUGUAUUUUUUGCUGGAACCAAAUGCUCUUGACACAUUUAUCAUACUAAGAACAUUAAGCAUGCAUUAGGGCUGCCUCAGUUGGGAUUUGCCUGUUGACAGAGAAAACAAAAAUGUUAUUUAAACUACUUUUCCCUUUAAAGUUAGCAUUAAAGGCCAGUAAAGCAAAAAAAACAACAUUCUGUUAUCAGCUUUAAUUUAUCAAUUAUAUAUACUCUUCAGCUUGAAGCCUUUCAUUGUUAAAUGAUGCCUUUAAAUACAAAAUAAAUGUGCAGUUUAAAGAUGUUUUUACCUUUGCCAGUGGCUUUUCUUUUGUAUCGUAUAUUCGUUUGAUGAAUGUAGUGUUAAGAUUAUAUUUUACAUAUUGUUAAGAUGUAUCAGGCAAACUCUGUCAAUGUUUUGUUUUCUUUUGAUUAGGUGUUUGUGUGAGCAUACAUUAUUUAUUUGAGUGUAUGAUGUUUGAGUGUAUGAUGUUUUGAUUGAUUUGACAAUUCUAGUGGCUAGAAUGGAACUGAUUCUCUUCGUGGUCGGUGUAGCUUCUAUUCAAAGUUUUAUGAGGUUUAUUGUGUCGUUUUUAUAUGGUAAAAACAUGCAAGCCUGUCUGUAUGGUCUAGAUUCAACAUGCAACACAUCACAGUGGCUGAACUUGGGUUAUUACAAGAAGUAAAACGUCUUGCGCUUGUAGACAUCCUUUUCAAACUAUGUAAUUGAAUAAGUAAUUUUAUGUAUUGAAAAAAACAGGAUAUAUUUUCUUCCUUUUGGCAACCAAAUAUAGCUUCAGAUGGUCGAUAGAAUAUUGUUUACAGCUAUAUUAACAGCCAAUGCAUGUGGAAGUCUUUUGCCAUGAACAAAAACACUGCAAAAUAUCAAUAGAAUAUAACUUCAGACUGACAUAUGACAGAUAAUUUAAUAUUUCCUGAUGUUUUUUCUGCCAAGAAAUCAAGAUUUUCUAAUAAGGCAUUAGUAUUUGGAAGAAUUCCAUGCAAAUUAUCCAAUUAGAUAAUGUAGGUGUUUUCUGCCUGUCUUGUUUAUUGGGAAAGGCGGUAAUCACUCGGCUGCUUCUUGAUUUGUUGACUGUCUGACCCUAUAGGCAGCCUGUCCAUCGUGUGAUAAAGACCCAGUAGGAAACAAUUUAUACCAGUUACAAGUGCUCCAAGCUGAUUGUUUAAGAAUUUGAAAGGCUGUUUAUUGUGUCGAGACCAACACACAUACUUGAUAUUGGUAACUUACAAAUACUGUAUAUGGUAUCUCUUGGUAACUUACAAAUACAGAAAAACUGUAUAUGGUAUCUCUUGGUUACUUACAAAUACAGAAAAACUGUAUAUGGUAUCUCUUGGUAACUUACAAAUACAGAAAAACUGUAUAUGGUAUCUCUUGGUAACUUACAAAUACAGUAAAAAUGUAUAUGGUAUCUCUUGGUUACUUACAAAUAAACUGUAUAUGGUAUCUCUUGGUUACUUACAAAUACAGUAAAACUGUAUAUGGUAUCUCUUGGUUACUUACAAAUACAGUAAAACUGUAUAUGGUAUCUCUUGGUUACUUACUAAUACCGAAUUCAGUAGCCUACUAAUAUCAUAUAUGGUAUCUUUUGGAAACUUACUAAUACUGCAUUUAUAUCUAUUGGUAACUCACUAAUACCAUGUAUGGUAUUUAUUGGUGACAUUCUUAUACCAAGUAUGGAAGCUAUUGGUAAAGCACUAAUACCAUGUAUGGUAUCUCUGGGCAACUUACUUAUACAGUAUUGGGUAACUAUUGGUAACUUACUAAUGCCAUAGCUGGUUUCUUUUUAACUUAUUGUAACUCGUAUCAAGAAUGCUUUCCAUGAAGACCAUUAAGUAUUUGAGCGUGUUUCAGUUUCAUCCUGCUUAGCUUGUAUUAUCAGAAUAUCCCGUUUUAUGGCUGAUUCCAGACAGAAUGGAUAGCCGUGUGCAGAUAUGUGCUAGAAAUAAAGUUUAACUAUUGAUUACAUUAAUGGAGAUAAGCAUUAUUUAAAGUCAACAACUGUAUCAAUAAAGUGAUGCUGGCUGAUAUUAAUUGUAAAGCAUGACCAGACUGCAGUCUAACUUCAAUCAAAGUAAAACAUAGAGCUGUUCCAGUAUUAUUAAAAAGCAUAUCAGUCAUGCCGUAAGCAAUUUUCUUCAGAACUUAAUUAAAAUGAAGUUUUUGUAUUGAUCUCUAUUCAGAAGCACAGGUUUUUGUCUUGAUUUUAUCAACAUCUAGUCGAAGUUUCAUUUCUCUAUGAAAAUGCUUUAUUUUCAUCAAAAGGCAGUCUACACUUGAUGUAGAAUUUUUUUUUGAUAUCAUCCUUUUCCCUUCAAUCUCAGCUACUUUUCUACUGUGUUUGGCUGUACUUCAAGUUUGGAGUUGGACACCUGAAUUACAUAAUAAGAUAAAUAAAUUCAACAUUUAUUUGCAUGUUUGUCAAUGUUAAAUGCAUCAUUUUGUUAUCGUCAGUAUUUGUAAUUUAAAACCUGUGACUGCCAUUGAAUACUGUCUAUACGUCUUGUCAAAAUGUAUUUAAAUUUGAACGACACUGUGUUAUUUCGCAUCAUUAUGCAUUUCAGAGUAAUUUAGACUUCCAUAAUUGGAAGAGAAACAUUUUGUAGCCAAGAUACAAACUAUAAUAAUUCAGUUCUGAACAUGUUCAUUCCCGGUAAAUGGUAUUACUAACCUAUCCUUGGUUUGAAAUGGAAAUCCUGCCUGACCAAAUACCAUAUUGUGGUUAUUGAAUUAUUGAUGCAUUUUCCCCCUACAGAUUUAUAGUUUUGUCUUAAAAAUAACUGUCUAAUGUACUGGAAGUUUACGAGUGUAAUUGAAAUGUUCAGUGUAUUUUUAAUUUAAUAAUUUUGAUUACACAAAGGACUCAGUUGAUAUUGUAAGAGCUUACAAUCAAUAGAAAUACAAUAGGCAAUGGCUAUUGGGAAUAUAACAUGCAAUGAUUGUGCGCUGGCCUAAUACAAGGCAAUGUUAGGGAUGCUAUACAAUACCCAAGUGCACCAUAUGGCAGAGAUAUACUUCCCUUGAAUAAUAUAUGGAUGCAAGUUAUUUUUGACCGGUGUUUGUUAUGAUUUUUGACAAAUAUGUUAUUAUUUUUUAUUAUUUAUGAAACUGUUCACUAUUAAUAGAUCAGAUAUGUUACUGUUUUGUUCGUUGAAAGCAUUUUGUACUUGUUCUUGUGACACAAACAUUGAACUAUUGACUGGAGUGUUUUAAUUCUCUAUUCAGAACAGGUGUUUAUUAUUCACUUUGUUAAUCUGCUAUCCCAAUGGAACCAUCCUUUUAACGGCAUGAUUCUUUUUUUGUGUUUACCUUAUAAAAAAUUAAUCAGAUGUUGGCCACAAAACUUGAAAACUGUAAAACUCAUGCUUCAAUCCGAUAUCCUGUAAUUAGAAUGUAGAACAAUCGGAGAAUGAAAGUGGCUCACAUCCACCAGUAUGCGGACGUAACUCAUGUCUGACAAUAAGCUCUAUUGUCUAUCAAGGUUCAAGGAGAUCAAAUAGUUUUUUAUUUACAUAUCAUCAGUGUACAUAACAUACAGCAUGACAUAUAGUAAUAACAUAGACAGCAUGUACAUUGCCAUUUUAUUGAGUUAUAGUCCAUCAUUCGCUCUGAAGCCAAACUAUGCCUAAUCUAUGCCGAGAGUUGCAUGUUUUGUUUUAUUUAUUCAGCUAUGUGACUUGAUGGAUUCAUUUAUUAAUUGGUGGCGUUAAAAUGUUUUAGUUUCAAAAAUACAUUAAGCAAGUCAUAUGAUCGAUCAUGUAAUACAUAUUUAACUCUAUGUAAAAUUUUAAUUUGUGAUACAUGAACUUUAAGCCUUGUUAGAGACAGUUAAAAAUGUAACACAACAUGUAAACAAAAUAUGGGAAUGGCCUGAACAGCAGAUUACAUAUACUAUAUGUUACAGAUAGAAAGUUAAUAAAGGCAUACUUAUAGUUGUUUUAGUGUGUUAAGAUUAUUGUUUAUCUUAACUGGAUUUUAGUCCCCUAUUGGUUUCACCAGAAUGAACUAUAGGUUUACCCUCGGUCCAUUUGUCCAUCUGUCUGUCUGGUAAAACUGGAAGCUACUACAGGCUUUCUACUUUUCUCUACUUUUUCUUGAAAAAGCCCUUCUAUCCCUACUUUUUUUGUAAAAAUAGUUCAAGAAAUAAUAGAAAAGUUUAAACUAAAUAAAUUUAUUAAGAUAACCUAAAUGUUGAUUUUGAUAAGAAGCCAUUUUUAGUAUUUUGAAGGAUUAGUUUGAUGCAGUAGGUCUCCAGUGCUGCAAGAGGGGUUCUAUAAUGGGAAUGAGUGGCGUAUGUUGACAAGUCAGAGACACCAAUUGCAGGUUGAUCUCCUCAUCCUGUGGCUGAAUCCCUCUUGAAGCACUCCAGGUUUCUACGCAAAGAUCACUACAUGUACAUCACAAUUGAUGAAUAGUUUUAGUAGUCAUUUAUUUGCAUCCAAAAAGAUAAGUAAAGAGCCCUACUAUCCCUACUUUUUGCUCUUAAUAUCCCUUUUUUCCCCCUACUUUUUCAAAAAAAUCCUACUUUUAUCCCUACUUUUUUGUUUUUGGUCACUUAAAAGCCUGCAACUAUUAAUCAAACUGAGUUAAUUAAACUUUGAAUGUGGGCCAUAAGGAGAUUAUGCCUUCAUUUUUUUUAUUAUAAUUUGUUUCAGACAAAACUGGAGGUUGCUUUUUUUGAAAAAUACCAUUUUUGACGAGAUCCUACAAUAACUCAAGAAUUUUAGUAUGUAAGCUAGGUAAAUGAAACUUGGUAUAUGGAUAAAGGGCCAGUAGGAGUUUAUGCACAUCAUUUUAUUUUUUGACAGACCGAAGUUGUGGUUGCUAUGGCAACAAAAAAGUGAGUAUACCUCUUUUUGACUUGGCAUAACUCUAAAAGUAUAUAUAAGCUAUAUUCAUGAAGUUAGCGGAUUAAAGGCCAUAAGGGGGAUUAAAGGCCAUAAGGGGAGUAUGAACUGAAAUAGUAUGAACACCUUUCCAUUCAUCUGGAAAAAAUAGAUCCUGCAAUUACUCAAGAGGUAUGCAAGCUACGAAACUUUGUGUACAAUUGGUUAGGCGCAAAAAUGAAAUUUUAUGCAUAAAUGAUUUUUUUGUUGCUAUGGCAAAACCAGUAGGGGACUGUGUAUUGCUAGUAAUACGUGGUGUUUUUGUUCUUUUAGGGCAUUUUUAUUUUAUGUUUUAGCUCUUAUAUAUUUUAUCAUUUUAACAGUUAAAAAUGUUUGAAAUUUGAAGAAGUGUACAAUGUACCAUAGUUUCAUGAAAUGUUGUCAUUAUUAUGUUGAGUUUUGUACAUUAUAUUCAUGUUAUGUUAUACAAGAACAUGUUUGUAUUUAUAUGAAGAGAAUGUCAUAUCAAGAUGUCAUCACUUUAACAAUGUAUAAUAUAAUACAUGUAUAGAAUAAUAAAAGAAACAUUUUUA